CCCCUGGUCUAGGUGUUUACAAUGUUAUGCUAAGAUGACUUGCUUGCUUGAAUGCAUUGUGUGCACCAAUUUAGUCGGAGUUGAGCAAUACCUACAAAGUACUAUUUCACUUUGAAAAUGCUUUUUUAGUCACAAGAUGGCCUAUGAUAAUGGUUAUGAUGAUUUUUGCAAUGAUCGAUUGACUGAUGCCUUCAGCCUUCAGAGAUUCGGACUCGGAGCACUCUCUGAGCUUCUUUGAGGCGGUGGCCAGUCAUUCAUUUGACAAGGACAAGGAGAAAGGCUCUGUCCUGUUCAGCAGCAAGCGCAGCAGCCCAACCAGCAUGUCUCAGGAGAAUCACCAUGGCAAUGAGGAGGAGUCCCGACCCAAUGGGAUUGUGAGGCACAGAACAAGUUUACCAGCAUCCAUGUUCUCCAGAAAUGACUUCAGCAUCUGGAGUAUCCUGAGGAAAUGCAUUGGCAUGGAGCUGUCUAAAAUUACCAUGCCAGUGAUUUUUAAUGAGCCCCUGAGCUUCCUUCAGCGUCUGACAGAGUACAUGGAGCACACAUACCUCAUCCACCAGGCCAACGCCUCCUCUGACUCCAUAGAGAGGAUGAAGUGUGUGGCAGCGUUUGCUGUGUCUGCUGUGGCUUCCCAGUGGGAGAGAACUGGGAAACCCUUCAACCCGCUACUGGGAGAGACCUACGAACUGGUCAGAGAGGACCUGGGGUUCAGGUUGAUCUCAGAGCAGGUGAGCCACCAUCCACCAGUCAGUGCGUUCCACGCCGAAGGCCUGAAGAAAGACUUUGUGUUCCACGGCUCCAUCUACCCCAAACUCAAGUUCUGGGGAAAGAGCGUGGAGGCUGAACCCAAAGGCAUCAUCACACUGGAGCUUCCCAAGUACAAUGAGGCCUACACAUGGACAAACCCUACAUGUUGUGUCCACAACAUCAUCGUGGGGCAGCUGUGGAUUGAGCAGUAUGGCAACGUGGAGGUGAUCAACCACAAAACUGGAGAAAGAUGCUGUUUGAAUUUCAAACCCUGUGGCCUUUUUGGCAAGGAAUUGCACAAAGUUGAAGGCUAUAUUCUGGACAAAAGCAAAAAGAAGGUCUGUUCUCUCUACGGAAAGUGGACAGAGUGUAUGUACAUUGUGGAUUAUGCCGCAUUGGAGGCACAUAAGAAAAGUGGGAAGGGGACAGCGGAAAAGAAAAGCAGCAAACCGGGCUCUCGUGAGGAAGUGGAGGAGAUCUCCCUACCAGAGGCUGACACAGUCGAGGUCAUCCCAGGCAGCUAUCUCCUUUGGAGGAUAGCCCCCAGACCAGUCAACUCUACAGAGAUGUACAGCUUCACGUCGUUUGCCAUGCAACUGAACGAGCUGGAUAAAGAUAUGGAUGGGCUCAUCCCAAAGACAGACUGCAGGCUUAGGCCAGACAUACGAGCCAUGGAGAACGGAGAUAUUGAUCUUGCAAGUGAGGAGAAGAAGAGACUAGAAGAGAAACAGAGAGCUGCAUGUAAAACCCAUUCCAAAUCUGAUGACGAGUUGAAAACAAAAAACCCUGCCCUCGGCCCCAGGUGGUUUCAACAGGGUCAGAAUCCCCACAAUGGCUCCCAGGACUGGUUGUUCUCCACUGGGUACUGGAACCGCAACUAUCCCCUGUUACCUGAUAUUUACUGAUGGACAUUCAUUCCUUGAAUAGUGAGAUUGAUUCUUAUCCACGUCAACUUCCUUAUCUAUCAUGAAUACAUUAAAGCCUUAAUUUAUUACAAUGAAUACACUGUGUACGAAAAUAGCAAUAAUAGAUGUAUUUGUGAUACAAAAUGUUCAGCUGUUAAACAUGCUUGAUAUGAAUGUAGCGUCUAUAUUAGGUCACAUGUUCCAUGCAGCCAUCAUUUUAUUAUUACUUUUUUGCGUGUUCUUAUUACGCAAUAUGGCACAAGGGGGUGUGGUAUAUGGCUAAGGGCUGUUCUUAUGCGCAACGCGGAGUGCAAGGACACAGCCCUUAGCCGUGGUAUAU